AUGCUGCCUCUUUUUGAAAAACUCGCCUCCGCCGGUAUUGACGACUCCGAAAGCAGCGCCGAAAGUUCAGAUGAGAAUACUCUGCAGAAAAGCUUGGAACCCGUGAUGACUUUCAUCGACUGUCGACAGUACGCUGCAUCGGUUCUGCCAAUACUGACGAAACUCAUCGACAUGGACAAUUUCAAAAAAAUCUUGUUGCCUCUGUACAAGCGGCUCUGUCAGGACUUGGACGGAGAGGUGCAGAGGUUGGCGGCGUUCACGUUUCAUGAAGUCGCUUCGCGCCUCGCAGACGAAGCCCCGCAGAUGAUCGAUUCCUUCAUUGAUCUCGUCUACUCUGGAGAUGCCGAC